AUGCUCAUUGAGCAAGUGCUUGAAUUCCUGUACACGGGAGAUAUUACUGAGCCAUACUUCCCCGCGGAUCAAUAUUUACCUCCAGAUGGUUCGCUAUAUUACCGUGAUGCAAUAUACCAAAAUGUGCGUUUAUACGCAGAGGCGGAUUACUUCAUGAUCGAUGAUCUCAAACAGAAAAUGAUGGAAGGUUUCCGCCGUUCAUUUCUGCCUUACGGACCCGAUGACCCGCCUUCAGCCUCUCUUUGUGAUCUGAUUGACGACGACGAUUUUGAAGAUGUUAUCAAGGAAAUAUACUCAACAAGAGCGGACUACCAGGAGCUGAGAAAAGUGGCCAUUGACAAUAUCAAGGAAAGCCUUCUCCAUCUUUGGGCAGGGGAAUACCGGAUUAUCAGCUCGAGGCUUUUGAAAUUGAACCCUGAUUUCACCCACGAUUUGUGUGUGGCAACUCUCAAUAAGUAUGUGGUUGAGCCCAAGCCAGUCACAGAUGGUCAGAUUACACCAGCUCAGAUAAACUCUGGGUAUUCUGGGUUUGCUUCUCAGAGCCAGCCCUCUGCAAUUGGGGCGCAACCCUCUAGAAUUGUGGCUCAACCAUCUACAUUCGUGACUCAGCCCUAUUCAUUUGAGGCUCCACUUGUGGCUCCACCCUCUUCAUUUGGGGCCCAAACCGCUUUCCAUGGAAAUCGACCCGCUGUAUAUGGGAGUAUGACGGUUGCAUGGCGUUCGUGA